CACACACUCAGUUUCAGUUCUUCAAAAAAUAAAAACUUUUUGGCAAAAUCAAAAUUAAAUUUGGUUCCCUGACGAACAAUUUUUAGUUAAACUGACAGAAUCCGGUGUUAGUUGACCACAUUUCGGCCGAAAAUUCAUCCAAUUACAAUAGAAAAGCGGAAUUUCUUCAUCACACAAAAACACAGUUACUCACACCGAACACGACAUCAUCAGGCAAGAAGCAGCAAAAAUAUCCUACCUCAGAAAAAAUCAUCAUCAGUCGCUUCGAAAAUUAAAUUGAAGUGAAAUUAAUUAUAAAAAAUUAAAAAAAAAUCCCUAAAAAAUAAAAAAAUCGAAAAUUGUGCCAUAAAAUAGUGAAAAAAAAAAAUUUUUUUAAAUAAGAAGAAGAAAGUGUCACAAAAAAAGUGAAGAAAAAAUUUCAGAAUGCCGGCAAAUUCGGAAUACAUCGAUGAAAAUGUCGCCUCAGACGGUUCCGAGUCCUCGGAGAACCAACAAAGUGGAACAGUUAAAAUUGUUAUCAGUGGCAUACCGCAAGAUGCGCAUUACGACGAUAUCGAGCCAUUGCUGAAGCCCUAUGGAAAAGUUGAGCAUUGCGAAGCCCAAGCCAGCAACUCGCCCACGCAAACGGUGCACAUUACAUUCGAGACGCCGGAUCAGGCGCAAAAAGCUGUCACGGGAUUGAAUGGCGUCGAAUUCGAGGGCAACAAGUUGCACGUCGAACUCUACGAAAACAAGCAAAAUAACUCGUCGUCGGGGCGUCGUGCUGGCGGCAGCAACAGUCGAUCCCGUACUCAAUAUGGCAGCAAUUUACCCGGCGGACCUGGCAGACAAACAGAUUUUCCGUUGCGAGUUCUCGUUGCAAGUGACAUGGUUGGCGCGAUUAUUGGGCGUCAAGGCACGACAAUUCGCCAAAUUACGCAACAAAGUCGCGCGCGUGUCGACGUUCAUCGCAAAGACAACGUUGGUUCACUCGAAAAAGCAAUUACCAUCUACGGCAAUCCCGAUAAUUGCACAGCGGCGUGCAAGAGAAUUUUGUUCGUGAUGCAACAAGAAGCUGAUAACACAAAUAAAGGUGAAAUUUGUUUGAAAAUUCUGGCACACAACAAUCUGAUCGGACGCAUUAUUGGUAAAAGCGGAAACACAAUAAAGCGAAUUAUGCAAGACACGGAUACCAAAAUCACUGUUAGUUCCAUCAACGAUAUCAAUAGCUUCAAUUUGGAGCGCAUCAUUACGGUUAAGGGCAGUUUGGAUAAUAUGUCGCAAGCCGAAAGUCAAAUUAGCUCAAAGUUGCGACAAAGUUACGAAAAUGACUUACAAGCAUUGGCUCCGCAAAGCAUAAUGUUCCCCGGAUUACAUCCGAUGGCGAUGAUGUCGACAUCAGGCAACUCAAUGGGAUUCCCGCCAACACGCCCCGGCGCAGGAACCGGAACUGGCAGCGGAAUUUAUCCCGGAACGAAUUAUCCGAUGUUCCAACCGCCUGCUUCUGCUGGCCCAGGAGUACCAACGGGCACGAAUGACGUUCAGGAAACCACGUACUUGUAUAUUCCAAACAAUGCUGUCGGUGCGAUAAUCGGAACAAAGGGUUCACAUAUUCGUAAUAUUAUUAGAUUUUCGGGGGCAUCGGUAAAAAUUGCGCCUCUCGAGGCAGACAAGCCGGCGGAACAACAAACAGAACGAAAAGUUACAAUUGUCGGAACACCCGAGGCACAAUGGAAAGCUCAGUACCUGAUAUUCGAGAAAAUGCGUGAGGAAGGAUUCGUUUCUGGUACGGAUGAUGUACGACUUACGGUAGAAAUUUUAGUUGCAAGCUCACAGGUUGGUCGCAUUAUUGGAAAAGGAGGGCAAAACGUACGUGAAUUACAAAGAGUUACAGGCAGCAUCAUUAAACUGCCGGAACACGGAACAUCACAACCUACUGAUGAAGAAACAAGUGUUCAUAUUGUUGGUCCAUUCUACAGUGUUCAGUCUGCUCAACGACGCAUCCGCACGAUGAUCGCUUCGACAAAUCCGCCGCCCGUGACAAAUCGACAAAAGCAGCAACAACAACAGCAAACAACCUCAUCGUCGCCAACCUCUUCACAAUCCAAAUCCAAAGAACAACAAUCGUCGAAUCCAUCAGCUUAAGUAUAGAAAUUUAAGGAAAAAAGUCGUUUCGUUUUAUUGCGAUUUAAAAAAAAGUUACUAAUAUAUUAUAUUAAAAAUUUAAAAGAAAAAAAAUAAUAUUAUGAAACAAAAUGUUGUUAAAAUUUAAAAAAAUAAACGAACUUAAAAAAAAUUAUUUAAAAAAAAAGUCCCAAUAAUAAUGAAAAAAAACACACACUAUUAAAAAAAAAUUUCGGAACACUUUCGGUCAAAAUCUCUCAAAAUUCAAAAAAAAAUGAAAAUUUAUAUAUAUAAAAUUAUAUUUAUUUGCGUUCC